AUGGCAGACUCCACCCCGCAGGAAUCGCAGGUGUCUUGCCCGGUGUUGCAGCGCGUGGCCUUGGCCCCAUUCGGCCGCUUGCGUGCAGACGAUGUGAUCUACUCACAGCCGAAUUCGGUCGGUUUCCUCUCUUUCGGAGGGCCCUUGGCUGGUGCGGAGGCAAGUGCAUUGACAUCGGAGACGCCCAGAACAGCUCGCGGGAGAUCCAGGGCCGAGUCGGUGAUGCUCACGCCCGAGACCCACGGGGAGGCGCUCCAGCCCGUGAGCUUGUCCGAGGAUGAGCCGCGCGCAUCAGCCCUUGCUGCGCCGUCGCAGGUGCUCCAGAACGUCCAGGAGGAUGAAUGGCACCCGGAGGAAGUGCCCAGUCAGGAAAAAGUUUAUCUUUGGACUCCAAGCUUGGCGAGCCAACAAUCGCCCUCGCUUUCCUUGAACUUCCCUGUGCUGCAGCCGAUUCCGACUGUCCGCUCCCCCUUCGCGAAGAAGGCCCCUGGGCGCCCGAGCAUCCCAACGUCUCUGACGCCGAUGAAGCCGCCGCGGCCAGCGCAGUUGCGACCGGCAGCUGCAGUUGAGCCGUGGCCGGACGCUCCAGUGGAGGUACCCCCGAUGGCUUCAGACCUACCUUCGCUGCCACCGCAUGAGUUGCCACCUGCACGGAGCCUGCUGGACGAGGUGCUUCCGCCGCCUUCAGCAGAUUUGCUUCUGCUAUCGCAGCAAGAACUAGUCCAGGAUCGGCAAGAGCCAUUGUGGGUGGCUUCGCCCACGCCACCCUCGCUGGGAGCAGGAGAUCUGGAGGAUGUGGCAUCUUCACAAAAGUAUGCGUGGAGCAUUCCCGCACCCUCAGAUGAGGACGACGACAUGGCGCCUGCCCGUGAGAUCGCCUCCGAGGAGGAGAUUCCUCCGGGGCAGCCGAGCCCCGUGUCACCGCGAAGUACGCAGCGCCGGUCAGAGGCCGCCUCGCCAGCGGAGGAGCCGACGGGACAGCAGGCAGAGCGGCACAGAGCUGCAGAGGCAGCCGCAGAGAAGGAGCGAGUUGAGGCGGAGCGCUGCAGAGCUGCAGAGGCCGCCGCAGAGAAGAAGCGAGUGGAGGCCGAGCGCCGCAAAGUUGCAGAGGCAGCAGAAAGGGAGCGAGUGGAGGCCGAGCGCCGCAAAGUUGCAGAGGCAGCAGAAAGGGAGCGAGUGGAGGCCGAGCGCCGCAAAGUUGCAGAGGCAGCAGAAAGGGAGCGAGUGGAGGCCGAGCGCCGCAAAGUUGCAGAGGCAGCAGAAAGGGAGCGAGUGGAGGCCGAGCGCCGCAAAGUUGCAGAGGCAGCAGAAAGGGAGCGAGUGGAGGCCGAGCGCCGCAAAGUUGCAGAGGCAGCAGAAAGGGAGCGAGUGGAGGUCGAGCGCCGCAAAGUUGCAGAGGAAGCAGAAAGGGAGCGAGUGGAGGCCGAGCGCCGCAAAGUUGCAGAGGCAGCAGAAAGGGAGCGAGUGGAGGCCGAGCGCCGCAAAGUUGCAGAGGCAGCAGAAAGGGAGCGAGUGGAGGCCGAGCGCCGCAAAGUUGCAGAGGCAGCAGAAAGGGAGCGAGUGGAGGCCGAGCGCCGCAAAGUUGCAGAGGCAGCAGAAAGGGAGCGAGUGGAGGCCGAGCGCCGCAAAGUUGCAGAGGCAGCAGAAAGGGAGCGAGUGGAGGCCGAGCGCCGCAAAGUUGCAGAGGCAGCAGAAAGGGAGCGAGUGGAGGCCGAGCGCCGCAAAGUUGCAGAGGCAGCAGAAAGGGAGCGAGUGGAGGCAGAGCGCUGCAAAGUUGCAGAAGCAACAGAGAAGGAGCGAGUGGAGGCAGAGCUCCGCAAAGUUGCCAUGGCAGCAGAGAAGGAGCGAGUGGAGGCAGAGAGCCGCAGAGUUGCAGAGGCAGCCGCAGAGAAGCAGCGAGUGCAGGCAGAGUGCCAGGCAGCGGCUGAAGCGGAAGCGGCAGAGAAGGAGAAACCACUUAAGGCCUCGCACUCCGCACCCGGAACUGUGUGCCAGUGGCUGCAGGCGGAACGCAGCAAAGCCCUAGCAGAGACCGAGGCGACAGAGAAGCGACUUCAGGUUCUCAGACAGGCACGGCCAUGCCGUCAGCACAGCGAGGAUGAGGCGCGUGAGGCGCAGGGGAAGGCCGCCCUCCUGGCUGACGCCUUCAAGCGGAAGCUGCAGGAGCUGCUUGCGGGUACCGGGAAGAAGGCAGAAUGCUCCGAAGCGGAGGAAGCAGAAACAGCAGAGAAGAAAAGACGACUUCAGGCCGCGGAAGCAGAAGCAGCGGAACAAGAAAGGCGGCUUCAGGAAGAGCGCCGCAAGGCUGCGGAAGCAGAAGCAGCAGAGAAACAAAGGCGGCUUCAGGAAGAGCUUCGCAAGGCCGCGGAAGCAGAAGCAGCGGAACAGGAAAGACGGCUUCAGGAAGAGCGCCGCAAGGCUGCGGAAGCAGAAGCAGCAGAGAAGCAAAGGCAGCUUCAGGAAGAGCUACGCAAGGCCGCGGAAGCAGAAGCAGCGGAACAGGAAAGACGGCUUCAGGAAGAGCGCCGCAAGGCUGCGGAAGCAGAAGCAGCAGAGAAGCAAAGGCAGCUUCAGGAAGAGCUUCGCAAGGCCGCGGAAGCAGAAGCAGCGGAACAGGAAAGGCGGCUUCAGGAAGAGCGCCGCAAGGCUGCGGAAGCCGAAGCAGCAGAAAAGCAAAGGCGGCUGCAGGAAGAGCUUCGCAAGGCCGCGGAAGCAGAAGCAGCGGAACAGGAAAGGCGGCUUCAGGAAGAGCGACGCAAGGCUGCGGAAGCAGAAGCAGCAGAGAAGCAAAGGCAGCUUCAGGAAGAGCUUCGCAAGGCCGCGGAAGCAGAAGCAGCAGAACAGGAAAGGCGGCUUCAGGAAGAGCGCCGCAAGGCUGCGGAAGAAGAAGCAGCAGAGAAGCAAAGGCAGCUUCAGGAAGAGCUUCGCAAGGCCGCGGAAGCAGAAGCAGCGGAACAGGAAAGACGGCUUCAGGAAGAGCGCCGCAAGGCUGCGGAAGAAGAAGCAGCAGAGAAGCAAAGGCAGCUUCAGGAAGAGCUUCGCAAGGCCGCGGAAGCAGAAGCAGCGGAACAGGAAAGACGGCUUCAGGAAGAGCGCCGCAAGGCUGCGGAAGCAGAAGCAGCAGAGAAGCAAAGGCAGCUUCAGGUGGAUUGGCGGCUUGCACUUAUAACUCCUGCAUGCGAGGGGUUCGAGGCAGUUGGUUUCUGCGUGCAGCCCUGUCAGGAAGAGCUCCGCAAGGGGGUGGAAGCGCAGGCGGCACUGAAGGAACAGCGGCUUCAGGCGUACUGGUCGACCGGCGUCUUUCACUGA